GUUCUGACCAUGGAUGAUGAAAACGGAGAAAGAUUUGUGCUGAAUGUGCUUCCAGUGUUUAACCAGAAUGGUGUCUGUUUUGCAUUCAUAGAGAGAAUACCCAGACUAACAUUUAUCACAGAAUAUCUGGGCAUAAUGGAAUAUGGAGCAAAAGUACAUGAUCUAAUUAUGGACAGCAAGGCAAAUGUUUUGGUUGCCUAUGGAGACUCUUUUUCCAUGAUAUACUGGAAAUGGCUCCCAUAUCUAUCAGAACAAGAACAUGUGACAGAAAAACCCAAAGGUAAAGUGUGGAUCAUGACAGCCCAGAUAGACCUCAUAUCAUAUACCUAUCAAAGGGAUUGGGAUAUAGAAACAUUCAAUGGGGCUCUGUCGUUCGCAAUUCACUCCAGUGAUCUACCAGGAUUUCGCCAGUUUGUUGAGAGCAGAAACCCAUCCAGCACACAAGGAGAUGGUUUUCUCAGGGACUUCUGGGAACAGGCAUUCAAUUGUGUAUUCCCAAAUCCAGCCCUGGAGAAAGUGGAUGGGGAUAUUUGCACAGGUAAGGAGAAGCUGCAGAUCCUUCCUGGGCCUGUUUUUGAAAUGGGCAUGACUGGCCAUAGCUACAGUAUCUACAAUGCUGCCUAUACUUUAGCCCAUGCACUGCAUACCAUGACUUCAUCUAUGCUCCAACGCAGAACAGUGGUGAGCAGAGAGGAACUGAAGCUCCAGACUCAACAGUGGUGGCAGCUCCAUCCAUUCCUGAGAGGUGUCUCCUUUAACAAUACUGCAGGGGACAAGAUUACUUUUGACCAGAAUGGGGUGUUAUCAGCUGGAUUUGAUGUUAUCAACUGGAUCAUAUCCACAAACCAAUCCAUUCACAGAGAGAAAAUUGGGUGGGUGGAUCAUCAAGCUACUUCAAGCCAAGCACUCACCAUCAAUGAAGAUGCCAUCACAUGGCACAGCUGGUUUGAACAGGUACAGCCUCUUUCUGUAUGCAGUGAGAGUUGCUAUCCUGGUUCCAGGAAGAAAGUGAAUGAGGGGGAGCCGUUUUGCUGUUAUGAUUGCAUCCUGUGUCCAGAAGGGAAGAUUUCACAUGAGAAGGAUAUGAAAGACUGUAAUAAAUGCAUGGAUGGAAACUAUCCAAACAAAAAACAGGAUUUCUGUAUUCCAAAGGCCAUAAGCUUCUUGUCGUAUGAAGAACCUUUGGGCAUCAGUUUAGCCUCUUGUGCCCUUUUUCUUUCUUUGAUCACAGCCCUGGUGCUCGGAAUUUUUAUGAAGCACCACAACACACCCAUGGUCAAAGCCAACAACCAGAUCCUCACCUACACUCUCCUCGUCUCCCUCAUGCUCUGCUUUCUGUGUUCAUUGCUGUUCAUUGGCCGCCCAGCCGAGGUGAUGUGUCUCCUCCAACAACCUGCUUUUGGCAUCAUCUUCUCAGUGGCUGUUUCUUGUGUCUUGGCAAAAACCAUCACUGUCAUCAUGGCAUUCAUGGCAACCAGACCAGGAUCUAGCAUGAGGAAAUGGGAUGUCAGCCUGGACCUCGACCCUCGCUGCUGCCUUGGUGUGUGGGGAAUGCAUCCAGCACAGGACAGGGGAAGUGAUCAUCUGUGGUGUAGGGCAGUGCCUAAGAAUUAUCAGCAUAUACUGGCCUUGGCAUUUGCAGUAAAAGAGAUCAAUGAAAGCCCUCAUCUCUUACCCAAUGUCACUUUGGGCUUCCACAUCUAUGACAGCCACUUCAACACCAAGUCAACAUACCAUGCCAUAAUGCUGCUUCUAUCCACACCAGAGAAAUUUCUCCCAAACUACAAAUGUGAUGUCCAGAAUAACCCAAUGGCUAUCGUUGGAGGAUUGGAUGCAGACAUCUCUCUUUAUAUGGCCGCUGUCUUGGACAUCUACAAGAUCCCACAGAAAGGAUCCCCAGAUAUACCUCUGCCACUAAAAUUAAUGACAUGCUGCAGCAGGGGGCAGAAAUGCAUCAUAAGGUCAUGAAGAGCAAAGCUAAUGUUGUGGUGAUCUCUGGAGAAUCGUACACUGUGGCAAUCCUGAAUUGGUUUCCAUAUCUCUUAAAACUAGAUGAAACGACAAAUAAACGAAAAAGUAAAGUGUGGAUACUGACAUUCCAAAUGGAGCUUACCUCAUUUGCCUUUCAAAAGACUUGGGAUAUUGAUUUAUUCCAUGGAUCAAUUUCCUUCAUGAUUCACUCCAGUGAUCUACCUGGAUUUAGUCAAUUUGUUGAAAGCAGAACUCCUUCCAGUGCAAGAGCAGAUGGCUUUAUUCAGGACUUCUGGCAACAUGCAUUUGAUUGUAUACUCCCAAAUUUAACUGGCAAUGUGGACAGGUAUGCUUGCACAGAAGAGGAGAAGAUGGAGAGCCUUCCUGGGUCUAUUUAUGAAAAGCACAUAUAUGGCAACAGCUACAGUGUUUACAACUCUGUCUAUAUUUUGGCCCAUGCUUUGCAUGCUGUGUCUUCAUAUAGACUUAAACACAGUGGAGAGGCAGAUGGAGAGCAAUUAAAGGUUCAGAAUCAACAGAAGCAGCAGCUCCAUCGCAUUCUGAGAGGUUUCUCAUUUAACAACACUGCUGGGGACACAGUCUCCUUAAACAAGAAUGGGGUAUUAGUAGCUGGAUUGGAUAUUAUCAACUGGAU